AAAGAAGAGUCAAGGACAGUGGGAGAGGGAAUUAUGAGAUAAAUGUUUCAGGAUUUAUUUGACCAGAUAGCCCAUUCCAGGUUGGUGCUUAUUCUUUUAGAGUGAGCCAGUUCUGCCCUGUUCUGUGACCCUGAUGACCAGCACAUUGGGAGCUGGGCAGAUAGUUGCAUUCAUGUAGGCUGGAGUUUUGCCAAAAGGAUAUGAUGAAGAGACAGAAUAGGCAGGGAAGGGAAGUUUGGGGUAUUAACCAGACUGUGGACCAUAGAAGAUACUGAAUAAGAGUGAAAGAAGCAGGGUAGCUACUGGAUGGGAAAUAAAGGGGCAGAUGGACUGGAGGUAGGCUGGGAAAGCAGGAGCCUAUAAUUUGUCUUUUAAUUAUUACUAUUUCAGUUAUUGGAGUUAGACAUUAGAGCACGUUACUGUAAUAAAUAUUUUGCAGGCUGAAAUAUAUAAUUUUUACCACAAUUCUAUAAGGUAGGCAAGCAUAAUCAUUAAGCCAUUUUUAUAGAUAAGGGAAAUGAGGUUAAGUGACUUGCCUAAGGUGACACAGCUAAAAAGUGACAGCAGGGGUUCGAACUUGACUCUCUCCACCUUCAGAGACCCUGUGCAUGUCUGGACAUCUCUGCAGAGCUUCCUGUUGUGUUCCCACUUCUUUCAGCUAACAGUGUUUGAAAGUGCAAACUGAUCAUAUCACACACCAACUCAGAAGCUUUCAUUAUAUUGAAAUUUAAAUGGAAAUAGUGUAAAAGUAAGAUAAAUUGACAAAUGAAGAGAGAGUUGGAUAGAUGGAUAGUUAUGUGAUAAGAAAAAGCAUAAUAAAAUGUUAGUUGUGAAAUCUAAGCAGUAACUAUAAUUCUUUCUAGUUUAUGCUGAAAACUUUUGUGUAAAAUACUGGGAAAGAAAAGCCUUAACUGAGAAAAAGUAAAUGAGGUUAAACCACUUCUCUGUGGACACUGAUUGACUUGUAUUUUAGGUGUGUAAGAGUCUGUAGAGUAACAGAAGAGUGGUUGUCUUCUCUUGGUGAGCAGUUUUUCUGUACUAAGAGACUUCCUAUGCCUGCAGUCCCAGACAUCUCUUGCAUUGGAAAAUAAUAUUUAGAUUGUGUAAUUCAAGCCCUUUUAAAAGAGGAAAAUAUGCAUUUGUGGAGAAGGAAGUUGAAUAACAAAAGUUCUGGGGCAAAAGGUAAUCAUUGUAUUCUACUUGCCAGCCUACAUAGAUAGUUUCAGACCCUAAUAAGAAGUGUUUCAUCUCUACCCUAUUAUUGCUUUCUCCUGUACAAAUUCACCAAGUCACAAAUAAUGUGUUUUACAUACACAGAUACUUACUUUAUAAUUAAAGGAUUCAGCCUUUUAGUAGGCAUUUUAUUUCUUUAUUUGUUCAAGUGCCUAGUUUGGAAUGUUUUUGACUUAAUAUAAGUGAUUCUAAAGGAAAAGAUACAUAUCAUACCAGUGUGCUAUUAAUUUUCAAAAAGGAUUCCCCUUGUUUCAUGUUGCUAAUGACACACCUUGAGCUGAUGGUCCAUGUCAAGGCACCUUGGCCGGCAGGCAGAAUAUGCUGAUGUCAUUCAUUGACCUGUUUGUUCCCUUCCAGAAGGCUCCAGAGCAGUGUUUGGUAACAAGAGCAGAGGGACAGGAGCCACCCAGAGCCUGCAGCAGAGGUGUUUGCUGAAACUUCAGGCUUGGUUGGCUAACGUAACACGUGUGAAAAGAUAGGACGACUAUGGCAACUCAGGAAGCCACUCCAGGCAGCCAGUCAGACAACAGUGCUUUGGAACUGCCGUCUGCUCGUGACAUAAGAGAUUACAUGCUGCAAGAAGCCAGCCUGGAGGCCCCCAGCGAAGCUGUUAGUUCUGUAGAAGCCCUUUCUAUUUCUUCCUCUUCCGAGGUGGACCCAGCUCCCUCCCGCAAGAUGGAAGCAGCUGAAGGAGAAGAGUUACUGCCGCCGCGCCUCCCUGAGCUGUUCGACACCUGCCAGCGGCUUCUGGAUGAGGUAGAAGUGGCGGCGGAACCCACCGGUUCCCGGGCAGUGCAAGAGAAGGUGUUGAAAGGACUACACCUCCUGAAGCAGUCUGCCGAGAUGUUAGUGCAGCUCGACUCGUUCAGCCAUAAUGAAGAUUUGGAAGAGAUUGCUUCCUCUGACCUGAAGUACCUGAUGGUGCCAGCACUUCAAGGAGCACUCGCUCUGAAACGGGUCAACCCCAGCAAGCGGCUGGAUGAUUUGCAGUGGGCUCGAGAACACUUUUUAAUCUACUUAACUCAGUGCCAACACUAUCAUGUGGCAGAGUUUGAGUUACCUAAAACCAAGAACAACUCGGCUGAAAGUAGCAUGGCUGGUUCUUCCAUGGCACAUCCUAACCUCGUGGCUAUGGCAUCUCAAAGACAGGCUAAAAUAGAGAGAUACAAGCAGAAGAAGGAGAUGGAGCACAGGUUGUCUGCCAUGAAAGCUGCGGUGGAGAGCGGGGAAGCAGACGAUGAGCAUGUUCGUGAGUAUUACCUCCUGCACCUGCGGAGGUGGAUCGGCAUCAGCUUAGAAGAGAUCGACAGCAUUGACCAGGAGAUCAAGAUCCUGAGGGAAAAAGAUGCCUCCAAAGAAGCAUCGGCUCCUGGCUCAACUCCUCGGCCCAGGCCUCCAAUGAAACCCUUUAUUCUCACUCGGAAUGCCGCCCAAGCCAAAGUAUUUGGAGCUGGUUAUCCAAGUCUGGCAUCUAUGACAGUGAAUGACUGGUAUGAUCAGCGUCGGAAGGUGGGAGCUUUACCAGAUCAGGGAAUACCCAAGAAAACGUCAGAGGUCAGAAGAGGAGCUCAGCAACACGAAGAGCAAGAACAAAAGGAGGAAGAGGAUGAUGAGGGAGCACUCCAGAGAGCUCGGGAGUGGGAUGACUGGAAGGAUACCCAUCCCAGGGGCUAUGGCAACCGACAGAACAUGGGUUAGUCUUCCCACAACAAGACGGACGACAGGGGACGCACCUCUUCCCCUUGAAGAACAGCUGUGCUGUCUUCCCAGUACCUGGGUUCUGGCUUUAGCUCUGUACCACGAAGGCAAGGACGCUUAAUCUUGCUUUGCAUUCAAAUAAAGUGGCAAGCAAUUAAGUGUGUAUUUGUAGCCUAGAUGAUGAACCAGUGGUUCUUGUUUUGGCAUUGUCCUAUCAUGUAUUUCAGUUUCUUCACUGGAAAGAAGAGUACUGAGAAGUGGGCUGUAUACAGUUAAUGGCUGUGUGAAUUCUCCUUCAAAAAAAAAAAAAGUCCUUUGUACUACAGGAGCCUGUGCAG